UUUCAGUAGACGAGCGACUUUGGAGCAAGCAUGAUCACCUUGAAGAACCUUAUUUUUAUGCUUUUGGCAGGGCUCUGUCCCUCUGUGGUUUACUCCGCUGGAGAUCAGAGUCGCCAUCGCUUGUAUUUGCAAUCGGAUCAGGCCCUAGCAACCAUCACCAAUCAGCUGGUGGUGCAGGCCAUUGAACUGGUGGAUAAUGUUGUGGAAGAUCUUCUGGUUUUGGAUUCCCGAAACACCAUACUCAUGGGUUACCUGGACAACUUCGAUGCCUUUACAGCUGUAAAUCCCAAUAGAACCGAGGAGAAGCUGCGCUCUUUCUAUGCUGUCGUUGAGGAUUACCUAGACUCCGAUACCACAGGGGAUCCCUUGAGGUCUUCGAGCAUUGAGACCCAGCUGAUAGCCCUUUGCCUGCAGCGCAGUGGCUUCGAUCGAUGGAAGAGAACAGUUCAAACGAGGACAACGCAGCUCCAGAAGUUGAUCUAUAGGAAGCUGAGGAAGCAUUUGGAGACCCUGGACAAGGAGGAUCGUUUGGCUGUGGAGUGGCGUUGGCGGAGAAUUCUUAUCCGUGGUGGACCACGAAGACUGGAGAAGCUGAGGGAGUUUGUCAAAUGGCUGGGCAAGAUCAGGGAUUAGCUGGGAUUUAAGAUUAG